UACGUUGACAAGCGUCACCACGUUUACAAGAUCAGAUUUUAGUUUAACGUGCACAACGGAAGUGAGGUAACGAGGGAUUUUAAAACAGGACUAGAAAAAAAAACUUCCAGUGCACACAAAAAAUAUGAUUAAAUUAAUAAUAUUUGGAACACUUAUAGGCCUUGUCGUCGGCCAAUUACCACAAAGCUUUUUGAUGAUGCAACUAAUGAAUAACAUGGGAGGUGGUAACAAUAACGCACAAGGGGGUGGUGGUGCAGGCGGUACUUCACAGGGAGGUAACUCUCAAGGCGAGAGCAACCCUAUGAAUAAUGCACUUUUAUGCCGCAACACACGAAACCUUGCGUUUGUGCCUUGUGGUAAUAUGCCCGAUAUAUGUAACAUAAUCUCCAUGAGAACGUACACAAUGCCGAAUCUUCUUAAAUGCAGUGCUCUUGGUACCGGAUGUUGCUUACGAGACAUGGCUACAAUGUUCCUUGCCAGAAAUUUGGGCGCUUCUUAAUGUGGCAUUGUGAACACGAUCAUUUUUAUAUCACCAUCUCCAGAACUUAACAACUAGGGACAGUAUAGACUCUGUCCAAUUGACCGUUCUAUUACCGGAUUUUGUGUUUUUAUGUUUUGAUUAUUUUUGUACAGUUUAUUUUCGUGUUUUAUUAUUCAAUUUAUGAAUGCAUGAAUCACAAUUUGCAAGAUUUCUAUGGGACUAGUUGAUAAAUUCAUUGAGAAUAAAAUUCUAAAUAUCGUUUUUA